AGCAAAUCAAGAGCGAGUCGGUACAAGUCGAGAAUGCCUUGCUCCGCGACAACAUGGGUUCGAUCGGCAGGAACUGCGAUCUUUGUAAGGCAACUGAGCAUCUUGAGUCCAGUCCGCAUAGCUGGUAUAAAAGGGUCGAAUUCUCCUGACUUUGUGCCACUGAAAAUCACCACCAGCUUCAUGAUUCAACCCAAUAGCUUCCUGCCCGUUAUCAACCAUUCGACACGCCAUCCCUGGCCUUAACAGCAAUACGCUCAGCUGCCAUCAUGUCCUCUCUCAAAUACCUUGACUACUCACCCUUCACCCGCACCCUCUCCGACCAGUCCCACUACAGCCAAGCGGUGCGGCUAGGGGACCGAAUCGAGUGCUCCGGCCAGGGCGGGUGGGACCCCGAAACGGGCGCCAUCCCAGCUGACCUGCCCGCCGAGAUCGAGCAGGCGUUCGCCAACGUAGACGCCUGCUUGCGCAGCGCGGGCGGGCGCGGCUGGGGCCAGGUGUACAAGGUCAACCUGUACACGACGGAGCUGAGCGAGGCGGCCUUCACGGCGUGGGCGGCGUGCAUGCGCAAGUGGGCGGGCGAGGACCAUCGGCCCCUCCUGACCGGCGUGGCGGUCGCGGGGCUGGGGGUGCCCGGAAUGAGGGUGGAAAUCGAGGUGGUGGCGCAUGACCCCGAGGGGGCGAAGGCCGGUUGAAUGGGGGAUGUCAAUUGCUUGGUUCUUGGGGUGAAGGGAUGAGCUAGGUUGACG